UUUAACAUAACCUCUCUUUCUGUGUUUUUUUGCACGUUGCGUUUUAGGUUGUUCAGCCUCUACGUUUCACCCGUAAAAAAUGGCAAAAAGUCUUCGUAGCAAGUGGAGGAGAAAAUGCAGAGCCGUGAAACGUGUGCGUUACGGAAAGGUCGAGCUGGAACGCUUGAAGAAGACGUUACAAAACGACCCGCUUUACAAAGAUCCGAACGACGUCGACAUGAAACCCUCCACGUCGGAAAGUCAACAGUCAUCCGCCGGCUUAGCCGAUAUGGUCACCCUCGUCGAUAAGGAGAACAUCGUCCGGGGCGCACAGAAGAAGGCCGGCGAAGAUUCUAUGGAGACAAACGAGCGCAAGUUUAAUCGUAAGACUAUGCGCGAUCAGUUCGGAAAUUACCCAGUCUGGAUGAACCAGCGACGAAUAAGGGAGAAGAAAAAGCUACUGAGGACAAAUGAGAAGAAACGUAAGAAUAAGAAGAAGUCGAAAUGAUUGCUUGUAUUCUUCGUUUAAUAACUAGUUUGUAAUAAAUGUAUUUUUUGUA